AUGACUUAUGGAGCCACAUCCGCUACAUCAUCACCGAGUUACGGAGUGUAUCAUGGGCAGCUGGCCGCCACGUCGCGGAGCCAACAUACGUGCGGCUCGCAAGCUACUUCUGUACUCGCUGUUGACUCAGAACAUUCGGAAAAUGUCAACAUUGACCUUCGACGAGCUGCUCAAGUGCUUCGUUAUCUCUCGAAGCCAGGUCACGAUUUCGGGAAAUUUGGAACAGGAAAUAAGAAAACACUACUGGACGAUCCACAGGAGAAAGGUAUUCAUCCUCGUGAGGCAUUGCUCGAAUUUUCACAAAGAAGUGGUACAGUUCUAACAUGUGAGUAA